CAGGAUGGCCCGGUCUGGCAGGCUGCAGCACUGCUCCAGGUCUUGUGAAACCUCCCUGGGAUGGAGCUCGACAAAGCAAAACCCUCUCUGACGUGGUGUGAGCACGGCAUUAUCUAUAAAAGCCUGAGAGUGAUCCAAGGGAACGGCGCACUGCUGCGGAGCACACACAGCACACGGUGAUGGGGAGAGACAACACCAGCUGCUUUUUUCAGCAAAUGUAUGCUUCCCUAGCUGGCAUUUCCAGAGGGAGAGACCACAUGAAGGAUUUCAGAAGAUACCUAGUGCUUAAAUACAUCCAGUACCUUGUCCUGUCAUCUUCUAAUGCCAUCAGCACCCUGCUGGGUGUGCUGGGCAGUGGGUACGUGAUGCUCAUCCUGCAGUCCUCCAGAGUUUCCUCCAAAUCCACUGCAGUUUUCAUCUCUAGCCUAGCAAAAGCGGACCUCCUUGUUUUUGUGAGUGCUGUUGCUGAGCUGUUCCUGUGGACCUCCAGUGCUGCCAUCCCACACACAGCAUUCACACCAGCACUGCUGCAGAACCUCCUGAUGGCCAACACGCACAUCAGUGCACUGCUGCUCAGCUGUGUGGCUGUGGAGGCAUACCUCAUCACCUUCCUCCCCAUGGAGUCCCGAAGCCUGCGGACAGUGAAGAAUGCGGGGCUGACCUCCAGGGCCAUCUGGCUGCUGGUUGCUGCUGAGUGUGCCCUGCUGCAGGUUGAUGAUGUCCUGAAGGCCAGCAGCACUUUUCCGUCCUGCAGCCCUGGUGUCUGGCUGCUCCACCUCUCCAGCGGGGCUGCAGCCCUCCUCAGGGCCCUCAGCUACCUCCUGGGCAUUAUUCUAAGGAUUGUCAAUGUGUACAUCUACUACAAAAUAUUCUUCAGCGUGUCCAACAGAUCUGCAGUGAGAACAAAGUAGUGUAAAUGGCCAAAGGGAUCAGCAUGUCAACACUAGGCAGAAGGCCCUCCAACACAAGUGGUCUGAAAACCUUCCAACAGCCAGGAAGCCAGGGCUUGUGUUUUGGAACAAAAAUGUGGCCUGUUUUCUAAUGCUAUUAGCUUGGUGAUGAGGAUCGUGGGAGCCUGGAACCCAUAGGUUGUGCCAUGAAGCAGCACGGUGCCAUAUUGGGUGUUCUCAGUCUGGAGUCUGUUUGCUCUGCAGGUAAAACAAAUGGCAUCUUGUGAAGGAUGGUGAGAAGUGAAGCUAUCCAAAUAUAUUUAUAUAAAAACAACACUUAGAGGCUUACUCACUCAGGGAUGCAUUGAGCCAAGAGCUGUAAAAUUGUAUACUAAAACCAUUAUUUAUGUCCUACAGUCUCUAACUCAGGUGAAGCACGGGGCUCAGCAGUAGGAUCAGGAGAUAAGGGGAGUCCAAGGGACGUUUGAGAGAUGAAACCACUUUGGUGUGUUCUGCAGUCUGUGUUCAUUCAAAGUCCUUGCUACCCCCCACCAGAUCUCUGCUUCUACAUCAGAACCCAAGCAGUGGCCAUGUGGGUGUACGUGGCUGGCUCUAAGUGAUGAAAGCACUGAGCUCUUACCUACAGCUGCUACAAUUCUUUACAACAGUCCUUUGGUUGCAGUAAUAGACUUCAAAAAAAGCAAACCAAGAAGCAAUGGAUAUGGUCAUUAUAAAGAAACAUUGCAGAGGCUGUCAGCUUAAGUGCCAUAACAACAAAUAGCAGCAGCGUCAGAGGCACUGCCUGCAGGAAUGAGGGGCCAGAAGCACACAGAGGGCUCAUGGCAAAUCAGGGCAGCACCAAAACACAUCUCCUAAUGAGCUUUGCUGCAAUGCCAUCAGUUAGGAUGCUGCCUAACUAAGCUGAUUGCUUCUGCAAGGAGGAGUUAAUAACUUGUACUGUGAUGUGUCCUGGUUCUGGAAGCUCAAAGAGAAAAGAAACCUGAAGUGCUGCAAUCAAUAAAGCUCUGCUUGUCAAAGCACACACAUGGUUAGAAAUGUGUAUUCUUUCCAAGGAUCCCUCACUGCUGUGCUUUCAGCAGCUCCUCCAUUUGCCCA